UUUGUUUGCUCUAACUGUAAACCAAUUCACACUCGAAAUUAUUGUUUUUAUUCGAAAAUAAUAGUUAUUCAGUUAUUUUGUCAUCUCUUUCUUUCUUUGACUUUCUUUUUUCUUGUCAGCAUUUACUUGUCGUUAAAAUGACUAUCAAGUUCACAAACACAAUGCGCAACCUGCGCACCACUCUGCGCUCUGUCGCCAGACAUGCGCCUACCCGCAGCACUAGCCCAUGCGGCUGAUGCGCCGCCUGUGCACUUUUAGAGCCAAGGCUGAGGAGUUUGACUCGUCCAGCUCUGAGUCUGCACACACCAGGUCCUCACACUCCAAAGUUGAAAUUGAUUCCCACCAUGGUGAGAUCACAGCUGCGCAGGAUGCAGCCGAGCACACCCGUGCUGAGAUUUAUCUUGUACAGACCAAGCCUGCAACCGAGCAGACUGAGGAUAUUCUUUUGCGUGCCGAGUUGGCCGAUAAUAGGGAGAAGCUGAGGGUCAGAGAAUUGAAUGUUCAGCGCCUGGAGCUCCGGCUUGAGCAAAAAACCAGUGAGGCAGCAGACAUUAGCCGCAAACUAAGUAUAACCAACCACAUGCUCGCAGAAUUAGCUUUAAAGAAUGAGCGUCUUGAGACCAAGGUGGAAUCGGCAGCAACGUGGCACAUGGAAGUUCACGAUAUUCUUGGCAAGUCUCGCCGUCAAGCAAGCAAGCUUGCUUACAGCAACAAAAUGCUCACCGACAGCAAUAACGCACUUAUCAAUAUCAACAAGGAGCUUUCCAAACAACUAAUCAUCGAGAAAAGAAAGGUCAGGUUCUGCGUUUUGAUUUGGUCAAUCUCGACCGUGAGUUGGAGAAUACCGACUGUAAGCUGGAAGCCACUCAGCAAAAACUCGAAGAAGCCAAGCAGAAUCAGGACAUUGCUGAGGAGUUCUGGGGAGAAACCGAAAUGCUGCGCCAGGAGGUCGAGCAAAAGCUCAACGAGUCCGAGCAAAAGUGUGAGGCUGCUGAGCAGCAUGCGCAGGCUAUUGAGUUGCAGACGGUGAAGCUGAUGGACCUUGCACAGCAGGAUUUUGACGAGCUCUAUGACGAACUGGAGCAUAUCAAAUACAUUGUGAGUUUGACGUGUCCAGCAGAAGUUGCUCGUCAGCUCCUUGGCCAGCCUGCUGGAAAUCUCGAUACUAUUUACAAGAGCGAUGCUGAUGGGCAGUACUUUGACGACAGGCUCUGCGUUCAUUCGGACAGCGCGAUUGAUGCUAUCUAUGCAGUUGAUUAUGAUUCUGAUGACCAGCAGCAGCUGUCUGCACCAGGCGUGAUUUGCUUGCGCAAGCACAGGCGCACUAUUUAACUGGUGUGGGACGCUGUUUGGUUUGCUGUGGACAUACCACUGUAACUACUGUAUAUUAUUCGGCAACCACACCCUACUCCCGUUUAUCUUUUUUAAACAGCUCUAGCUUUCAGCCUCCCUGAUUGAAUCGCACCCUGCA